AUGGGAGAAUGGACAAUACUAGAGAGGUUGUUGGAGGCGGCUGUCCAGCAGCAUUCGACAAUGAUAGGAAGGAUCCUGUUAACAGUGGUGGUGAUCUUCCGAAUCCUGGUGGUGGCUAUCGUAGGGGAGACGGUGUAUGACGACGAGCAGACCAUGUUUGUCUGCAAUACCCUGCAGCCGGGCUGCAACCAGGCUUGUUAUGAUAAAGCGUUUCCCAUCUCACAUAUACGGUACUGGGUUUUCCAGAUCAUUAUGGUGUGCACUCCCAGCCUCUGCUUUAUCACCUACUCCGUGCAUCAAUCCUCCAAGCAGCGGGAGAGGCAGUACUCCACCGUCUUCAUCGCCAUGGACAAGGAUAAGAAGCGAGAAGACAACAAGAUUAAAAAUACAACCGUGAACGGGGUUCUGCAGAACUCGGAAAUCUCCACCAAAGAGAUACAGUCUGACUUUUUAGAGGUUAAAGAAAUGCAAAACUCGGCUGCGAGGAAUAGUAAAAUGUCGAAGAUGCGGCGGCAGGAAGGGAUCUCUCGUUUCUACAUCAUCCAGGUUGUUUUCAGGAACGCUUUGGAGAUCGGGUUCCUGAUGGGACAGUAUUUUCUUUACGGAUUCAAGGUCCCGUCAAUGUAUGAGUGUGACCGCUACCCGUGCGUGAAGGCGGUCGAGUGUUAUGUGUCCAGACCCACGGAAAAGACGGUCUUUCUCGUCUUCAUGUUCGCCGUGAGCGGACUUUGCGUCGUCCUCAAUCUGGCGGAAUUGAAUCACUUGGGUUGGAGAAAGAUCAAAACGGCGGUGAGGGGGGCGCAGGAACGGAGGAAAUCCAUAUACGAGAUCAGGAACAAAGACUCGCCGCACAGAAUUGGGGUGCCCAACUUCGGAAGAACUCAGUCCAGUGACUCCGCCUAUGUGUGA